AUGUCAACCAACUCCAUCUUAAUGCCGACGAGUGCCUUUUACCUGCCAGAACUACUGGAUCUGAUCGGGAAAGACUUGAACACUCGGGAUCUCCUGUCCUGUGUUCAGGUAUGUCGGGUCUGGAACCAGCACUUCAUGCCAACCCUCUGGGCAACAAUCGACGACAAACUGUACUCUUGGCCCAAGAUUCUUCGGCGCUUCUCUCCAUUAGCACCAGGCUUUCUCCAUGGCGACAACUCAAGGCUCAAUAACGUCUUUACAAAGCAUGGAAGACACAUCCGACAUCUCACUGCCGGAUGGGCGACCACGAUCACCUCUGUUAGCGCUGCAGGAACUGUCACCGGUCUAGAAUCACUGUCUGUCGUCCAACCCUCGGGAUUCAGCAGUGAGUCGGUGUUUAGCGUUCGAGGAACAACGCCUCUAUGGAUUCCUCCUCUGCUUCAGGACUUCUUGCCACCCACCACACGGAAGUGCAAGUAUAGAAAUCUGUCAGUAUGGGACUUUGUCCAGAGGUUUUGGUCCCUGGUCAUUCACAACUCGUCUCUCAAGUCCAUAGAGUUGGCGCAGGAGUGUCAGCUCGAUGAUUUUCCGAUUCCAGUGCCCUCUCUCCUUAAGGCUCUCGCCACGCUGCGCAACCUCACCAAGCUGGUCAACAACAUGGCGGCGAUCGAUUUACAGAUGGUGUUGGAACACCUCCCAGCACUUUCGUUCUAUUCGGGUCCAAUAUGCUGGAUCGACUACAGGUUAACCACCACCGACCUGGAAUUGACAACUGUCUUCCCCCACCUUCGGACACUACAACUUUCAACUAUAUUGCGAAGACCCCAAUGCGUACAACCGUUUCUGCUGCACACGACUGUCCUGAACCUUUUACGACACCUUUCCAACCUCGAUCAGCUCUCGCUCGACGGAAUCUGGAACUUUGUGCAUCCACCUCUGGGAUCCACAGCCACGGGCAACGAGAUGCUUCCCGACAGCAGAACGACAAUCAGCAACAGUAACAGUAGUGUCCAGGAUUUUCAUUUCGUACGUGCGGGUCGCGUUUCCUCGUCGUCGAUGAGGGAUUUCAUAGCCCUUGACAUCCUACCAAGGAUGCCCCGACUGACCAGACUGACUUUACAGACCCUUACCCAGGCGGCCGGAAAAGCAUUGGCCAAGUAUUGCUCGCAACUGGAAUGGCUCCAACUCAGGACGACCAAGUACGACUCCAUGGACCAGGAUUCCAUAACGCCACUUCUACACCACUGCUCUCGACUCCGCCAUCUGGAUGCGAUCUGGCACACGGUUGAGGCGAACUCUCUGAUGAAGAAGCCGGUUGUUUGCAGAGGUAUGGAGGUCUUCCGGUGCAAGAUUACAGGGAUAGGGGAGGAGGAUGAAGAGGGGGAGGAGGAGGAAGAGGAGGAGGAGGAAGACCACGACAAUGAAUUGGAGGAUGAACCGUGGGAGAACCUAGUAGAGGAUGACAACAACGACGACUACGAGGAUGAGGAUGAGGAGACCAAGGGUAUAAGAAGGCAGGGACGAUUAUUGGAUCAUCAUCAGCACAUAUACGACGAACUAGGACGAUGGACAGAACUUCGUGUUCUUGAACUAGGAGUUGACAACGUGGAUUGGUACGACAUCAUGGGCAGCGAUCCUGGUAGGCACCUGGUCGAUGGUCGGAUUUACUACAACUACUUUGGUCCGACCCCUAACACCCUCCCGUUGAGUCUGGAGUCAGGACUUGAUCGAUUGAGGACGCUGAAGAAGAUGGAGGUCAUUGGGUUUGAAGGUGUUGACCACCGGAUCAAUACAAGAGAAUUAGCAUGGAUGGCGGAGAACUGGCCGAAGCUGCAGGUGAUGCAUGGAUUUCAAGCUCCAGACGAGAAGGACGAGUAUGCGCUGCGCUGUCCAAAGGUCAAAGAGCUGAGGGAGUAUAUGCAAGGGUUGCGACCUUUGGUGAGGCAUGAACCAGGGCAAGAAUACCGUUAG